AUGUAUAUUCAAUUGUUGUUAAUGACUCUUAUCCCAAUUCAUUAUUGUCAAAUAGAUUUUCAAACGAUUUGUCAAGCCGGUAUUCGACAAGAUAAUACAAAUUAUAUCCAUUGUGGCCGAAAACAAUUGACCGACAUCCCAAAUUUUUCUCGCACGACAAAUACUGUGUACGAUGAAUUGGUUCUGAAUGACAAUCAAAUAUCGUCGAUAUCACGAAAUGCUUUUCAAGGUUUACGCGUCAAGCGUCUCAAUCUGUCCGGAAAUAAAAUACGGUUCAUCGAUCCACGUGCAUUCGUCGAGUUGGCGAAUUAUUUAGAAGAAAUAGUUAUUGAAUUCGAUUCGACUACCGUCCGUGAUAUUCCACAAGCGAUUAAAUUCAACUUGAUCAAUCUUCGUUCGUUGAAGUUAAUCAAUCUGAAUUUAACUAUCCUUCCGAACCAUACUUUUACGAAGUAUCGCAAACUUGAAGACUUAUCGAUUAUUAAAUCGAACAUUGACAAGAUUGAGUCGGAUGCAUUUCAUUCGUUGAAUAAUCUUCGCUCAUUGCAUCUUGAUCACAAUCAACUCAAUGAUCAAAUUUGGUUUGAUCUAACGAAAUAUCUUCAGAAUUUGGAAAUCUUAACUCUAAGUCAAAAUAACUUUCAUCAUUUGAAACACACCUUCCUUUCCAAACAGCUAAGAAUCCUUGAUUUGUCAUCGAAUGGUAUACAGAUCAUCGAAAAGACAUUCUUCGAAAGUUUACUCUCACUGGAAAAGUUAUCCUUGCAAAAUAAUGAGAUCAAUUCGUUACAAUUGACAUUUUUACCAUUAUUAAUCCAUUUGAAAGAGUUAAACUUGGAUUUCAAUCGACUAACGUUCCUCCCGGAAAAUUUGUUCCAAUCGAAUCGUCAACUUUCGUAUUUGUCUUUUCAAGGCAACGAUUUAAAUUAUCUGACAAACAAAUCUUUUUAUGGAUUGAAAAAUUUAACAUAUUUAAAUUUGGCACGAAAUCGUUUGCAGUUUCAAUCGACUCAACAGCCAUUCCAAGAUCUGAAUGCAUUGGAAAUACUAAAUCUCGAUCGAAACAAUCAAUUAAAUCUUUCGAAAAGUAUCUUUCAAGGUUUAUAUCAAUCAUUAAUUGAAUUAUCAUUACAAAAUUGUAAUCUGACACGAAUCAACCUCGAAACGAAUCCUUUUGCACGGUUUCAUUCGCUUCAACGAUUGAAACUAUCCUCGAAUAACUUCAAGGACUUACCCGAAAAGUUUCUUUUCAACCUAAAACAUUCGUUGAUUUCAUUAGACUUACAACGAAACCAUUUGAAUUCGAUACCGAACCUGUUCGGUAAAGAUUUCAAUUCAUCAAAACUCACCGACAUCGACCUCAGUUCGAAUCAAAUCUGUACAUUAGACAAAGACGAUUUAUAUCAAUACAAAAACUUGAAAACUAUCGGUUUAACUGGAAAUCCAUUGCAUUGUGACUGCCAGUUGAAAUGGCUGAAACAAUGGUUGAUAAAAAACUAUGAUUAUGACCUUAUCAAAUUUCUUCAAUGGACAUGUUUAACACCAAUGAAGCUAACAGGAAAACAAUUAACUAUCAUCGAUGAACAAGAUAUGGUUUGCCGUGAAAAUCAAUACUCGAAAUGUCAAAAUAGAAAAUCAACAACUAUACAAUCAUCAACAUCCAUUAAAACGACAACAAUAUUACCAGCACUAACAUUAUCAUCCUCGUCAUCUUCCUCAUUCGAUGAAUUAAUCAUCAAUGAUAUAUCCUAUAAUCCAAAUGGUAUGCUAACACUAACAUGGGACUACAUGUCAUUAACAUUACCACGUUAUAUUCAUCUGCAAAUUUAUGAUGAAAAUACACGUCGUGUGAUUUUACAGCGAUUAAUCGAUGGGGAGCAACGUUCAAUUGAACUCGAUAUUAAAGAUUACUUAAAUGAACAUUCGGCGAUCUAUAUGAUUUGUUUAAAUAUUCGACAUAAUAAAUACUGUCGAAACGUACAAUUAGAACAAAUUAAGUCGCCAACAUCAUCAUUGAUUGUUUCAUCCAAUGUUUCCGAUAAUCAACAACAACCAACACAAUUGGUUUUUCUUCUUAGUGGAGCUUUUCUCGGCGCUAUAUUCGUCUGUUUAGUAUUGAUUAUUUUUUGUUGUUGGCGCAUACGUCGUCUCUCAUCUCGGAAGGCAAUUUCAAAUUCAAUCGAAAAAUUACCACCCAACACAUUCUACCAUCCGCCAGCACAUUCGUCGAUAUUCUAUCGCCCAUUAAAUAUCAUUAGCUAUCCUCAAGCCCAAAAGCAGCAGCAACAACAACAACAACAAAGUUGUGACACAAGUGAAUGUUCAAUUCAUUCAUCAACUGAUACAAGCCAAAUAGCAAGUGAUUCCUAUCAUAUCUAUCAACAAAUCCCGUCUGUAUAUAAUUGUCAAAUACAUCCAUCGAGAACACAUAUUCUAAUAUGA